GCAGUUUUGUCAUUAAAUUUUAGCAGCUCGAGAUAGCUGCAAUGUAAUCUUAAUUUUUAUGGUAUACUUUGUAACGGUUUUGAAAAGUACUAUGAGAUAAAAAGAAUAAGGUAGUAAAAUGGCUGCAUGCAGCCAAAAAUGGUACUUGAGUUUUGUAAUCAUUUUGUGGAAAUAUUAAAAAUUUAAUUGUUUUUACUGUGAUUUAUACGAAAGCAGAAGUCUUCCAAUUGCUGAUAUGAAAAGGAGUUGGAAUCAUUGGACAAACAGUUCUAUAUUUAAUGUAUAGUUUUUGGUGUUUGCUCAAGUUGUUUUUAUGAUUAUAAACAAAAUGGAUAAGAUAAAGGAUGAGGAUCGAAAACGUAGACUUCGGAUGCUUGAAGAAAAAAUUCAGGAUCCUAAAAGUAUCAGCAAUGUGGAUUGCCUCCUGGAUACUGUUCAGGCUCUUUAUAGUGAUUGCGAUCAUCCUGCCAUUAAAAAAAUUAAAAAUGUUGAAGUUUACAUUAAUCGAUAUGAUAAUUUUGCUAGCAAUAUAGUAAAUUUACGAAUGAAAACUGAUGAUUUUGAACAUAUAAAAGUGAUAGGUCGAGGGGCAUUUGGAAAAGUUCAGCUUGUUCGUCAUAAAUCAACCAACCAGGUGUAUGCAAUGAAGCGUCUAAGUAAAGCUGACUUGAUCAAACGUUCGGAUUCUGCUUUCUUUUGGGAAGAACGACAUAUAAUGGCCCAUGCAAGGUCAGAAUGGAUAGUGCAGCUGCAUUUUGCCUUUCAAGAUUCUAAACAUCUUUACAUGGUAAUGGAUUACAUGCCUGGUGGUGAUAUAGUUAAUUUAAUGUCAAAAUAUGAGAUACCUGAAAAAUGGGCCAAAUUUUAUACCAUGGAGGUAGUUCUUGCUUUAGAUGUCAUUCAUCAAAUGGGAUUUGUACAUAGAGAUGUAAAACCUGAUAACAUGUUGCUAGACAAACAUGGCCACUUAAAAUUGGCUGAUUUUGGAACUUGCAUGAGAAUGGAUACUGAUGGCUUAGUAAGAUCAAAUAGUGUUGUGGGAACUCCUGAUUACAUAUCACCAGAGGUGCUUCAAAGUCAUGGCCAAGGUGUAUAUGGUAGAGAAUGUGAUUGGUGGUCUGUGGGCAUUUUCGUUUAUGAAAUGCUUUAUGGAGAAACACCUUUUUAUGCUGAUAGUUUGCUGGGAACUUACAAUAAAAUUAUGUACCAUGAAAACAAUUUGACUUUUCCAUCGGAGGAGGAAAUAUCUCCCGCGGCAAUGUCGCUCAUACAAGGUUUGCUCUGUGAUAGAACGAAACGUUUAGGUAGAAACAGUGUAGACGAAAUUAAAAAUCAUCCGUUUUUCAUCAAUGAUCAGUGGACCUUUGAAAAUCUGCGCGAAUCCGCACCUCCUGUUGUACCAGAACUUACAGGUGAUGAUGACACUAGUAACUUUGAUGACUAUGAAAAGGAUGAAUCUCCUGAAGAGGUCUUUCCUGUGCCAACUAGCUUCGUUGGAAAUAAUCUGCCAUUUAUAGGUUUUACAUACAACUCAGAUUAUCAACUGUUGUCAAGUCGUUCUGAUAGUACAGAUUCUCCACGUCCUACCAACUCCGUCAUUUCUAUUUCUCAAGUAUCGAAACUCGAAAAACUCCUGGAACAAGAGCGUAAUAACGUGGAGUCUUUGGAACAAAAGCAGCGCAUUUUGAUCACUCAGUUGGACAAUUUGGCUCAACGUGAAAAUGAACUUCGUGAUGAAGCAUCUAAAUAUGAGAAAGAGCUCACAAUAUUGCGGCAUACAUACAAGGAAGUACAACGAAAAGCAGAAAAUGAAAGUGAACUCAGGCGAAAAACGGAGAAACUUUUAUCGGACCUAAAAAAGCGUCUGGAAGAAGAGCAAAGUAAAAGAACACGCGAAAUGAACAACAACCAACAGCACAACGAUAAAAUUAAUGUGCUUGAAAAGCAAAUUGGCGAGUUGCAAGAAAAACUCAAAGUGGAAACGGAAAGUUGUCAACGAUUAAGGAAACAAGCAGCUGAACUCACUAUGGCUAAAUCGACAUCCGAACAAAAGGCUGGAGAAUAUCAGACACUCUUACAAACGGUGCAGUUACAACGGGAUGCUUUUCAGGCAGAGGUUGCCUCUUUACAAGGUCAAUUAACACAAGAAAAAAGCUCAAGAACUCAGGCAUCAGACCAACAAAUCGUUUUGGAAAAUAAAAUCCAAACUUUGCUCAAUGAGUUAGAACAAAAUAGGCAACGGGAAGCGAAGAUGGUAACAGAUAACUCCCAGCUUUGUGAAAAGAUUUCGGCAUUAGAAAAAGAAUGUGCCAGUUUGGAACUCGAACUCAAAGCUGCUCAAAAUAGAUAUCAGCAGGAAGUAAGAGCGCAUGAAGAAACUGAAAGAAGUCGCAUGCUUAACAAGGAAGAAGCAAAUUUGGAAGUUGUAAAAGCACUACAGAUGAAAUUGAAUGAAGAGAAAAGUGCGCGACAAAAAGCAGAUUUGAAUUCUCAGGAAAAAGAACGUCAAAUAUCGAUGCUUUCUGUCGAUUAUCGACAGAUACAGCAGCGGUUACAAAAGCUUGAAGGUGAACACAGACAGGAAGUCGAGAAAGUUAAAGCCCUCCAGAGCCAAGUUGAGCAAGAACAACAAAAGAAGAAUGUUCUUCAUUCUGAAAUAAGCCAACAACUUUCCGAAAUUGCGCAGCUUAAAGCUAGAGAAUCUCAGCUGGCAAACGAAGUUAUUCAGUUACAGGAAGCAAAAAAGCACAUUGAAGAUGAAUUGUAUAAAAUAAAAAGAGAAUGGUCGAUAGAGCAGCUUCAAAUGAAAGAAUUGCAAGACUCUCUUGAGACUGAACAAUACUUUUCCACCCUUUACAAAACGCAAACAAACGAAUUGAAAGAGGAGCUCGAAGAGAAAACACGUAUAAAUAAAGAAUUUGAAGAAGAACGCGCUUCUUUGAAGCAUCAGUGCCAAAUUGCUUUAGCCCGAGCCGACUCCGAGGCCUUGGCUCGUUCUAUAGCCGAAGAAACGAUAGCUGAUCUGGAAAAGGACCGGACAAUGAAAGAGCUUGAAAUGAAGGAUCUUGUGGCCAAACAUAGAGCCGAUUUAAACACCAAAGAGGCCCAACUUGUUGCUGCGAAAGAACGUGAACUUGAGUUCAAAAAGGUCAACGAGCAACUUAUGAAAGAGAAGGAGGAUCUAACAUGUCAGCUUAAACAGGUUCAAGAGGAAUUAAGUAAAAUGAUCGAUAAUAGUGAGGAGGUGGAAAAGUUACACGUGAAGUUGAAAACAGAAUCACUACUAAAACAGCAAGCGGUGAAUAAGCUGCACGAAGUGCUUAAUAGAAAAGAUAUUAGGGAAGGCAAAGGCAAGAGCAAAGAUAAAGUGAGCAGCGCCGAUUUAAGAAGAAAGGAGAAGGAUUUGAAGAAGUUGCAGCAAGUCAUAACGCAAGAGCAAGAGAAAUUCAACCAGAUGUCGGCCGCAUGGCAAAAGAAUAUCCAAGACCUACAGGCGCAACUUAAUGAAGAAACUUUGGCCAAGCAGAGAUUGCAGAUGGAAUUAGAUAGCAAAGAUUCGGAAAUUGAACAGCUACAAAUGAAAUUGGCAUCAUUGAAUAGUGAAACGGCAUCUCUCAGUUCUGUCGAUAAUGAAGGUGACGACUUCAACUCGGAUAUGUUUGAGGGUUGGCUGUCGAUACCCACCAAGCAGAACAUUAAAAGACAUGGCUGGAAAAGACAGUAUGUGGUCGUUUCAAGCAGAAAGAUCAUUUUCUACAAUUCAGAAAGUGAUAAACAAAAUACAGAUCCUGUUAUUGUGUUGGAUUUGUGUAAAGUUUUCCACGUGCGCUCUGUGACGCAAGGAGACGUUAUUAGGGCCGAUUCCAAAGAUAUUCCACGAAUAUUCCAACUUUUGUAUGCGGGCGAGGGCGAGGCUAGGAAAACCGACGAUCAGGGAAAUAAGUUGGAAGUGAACAAGGAUGAUAAGCCUGGUAUGGUAAUGCACAAGGGCCACGAGUUCCUCCAGAUUUCCUUCCAUAUGCCUACCACUUGUGAGGUGUGUCCCAAGCCCAUGUGGCACAUGCUCAGGCCACCGCCUGCCCUUGAAUGCAGAAGGUGUCGGACGAAGAUACAUAAGGAGCACCUGGACCGUAAGGAGGACUAUCUGGCUCCAUGCAAGUGCCACUACGAUCCCACAUAUGCCAAAGAGUUGCUGUUACUGGCCGGUUCGGUCGAAGAACAGAAGAACUGGGUCGCUAGGCUCAGUAGAAAAAUACAAAAGUGCGGGUACAAAGCCAACAAUUCGAACGUAAUCGAUUCGACAGCCAAAAUUUCGCCAAGGUAAGAAAUUAAAUUUAAACAUUUUCAACAAGAAAAGACACCUUUUUAGUGCUUGUUUACGCGUGUACUGAUGGCUGAUUAAACCCGUAGUAUUGCACGCAUACAUUAAAUACAAGCACGAUAUAUGCACAUUUUGAAAUUGAUUUUAGCUGGAAUGAUACGGUUAUUAGAUUGUAACGUAAAAAGCGUGUGGGAUUAUACUUGGUUCGACAGUAAGAAGCUGUUUUAAAAUUGCUGUCGAUUAAAACGUAAACAGAGUUUUUCAUUAUUUAUAUUUAGAAAAUAAAAAAAAGAACAUCAGCUUUUUGUAGAAAUUGUAGUGUAAUGUUUGAUAUCAUUUUUUGCCAAAAUUUGAAGUGAUGGAAUUUUCUUUUUAUUCCAAAAGAAUAUUUAUAGAGCAUUGCAGUUUAUAAAUGUCCUGUUUUACGUCAUUGUUGCUUAAUAUAUCGUUCCUUUUGUGAAAGAAAUUCCAGUAAUAACAACAUUACACUCGUGAAAACAUUCCACAUGUAUAAUUAGAGGCUUUUACUGUAUGACUUCCUUAUUGUCCACACAAACAGUCAACAGCCCUGUGAUUUGUAGUUUUUUUUUUGUAUUUAAGCCAAUAGUAGUGAACUUUAGGUUGCUUUUUGUAAUUAUUUUACUAUAACUCGUAUAUUUAUACAUGUAUAUCUUAGAGGAUGUUUCUAUUUUUUUACCGAUGCCUUUGUGGCGUGUAUUAGUAUUUAUAAGGAAAAUUAAGAAAAAAACAAAAAAGUAUAUAAGCUUUUAAGAACAAUUUUGGGAACGUAUUGAACAAGCUGUUUUAUUUAUUUCGAUUAAUCUUAACAAAUCUUUCCUUUGCUUACUUGUAUGUAGAUGCAGGCUAUGUAAAUAAUAUUCUUAAAUAUACACAUACUAUAUACA